AUGAGGCACAGUCAGGAUGAGACUUGCCUCCACAAAGCCUUCCCAGAUGCUCCAGAGAUAAAGCCCUACUCAUCUCCACUCCCUAACCCCUCCACUACCACCCCCGCCACACCGUGCCCGGUGUUCUGGUCUCAUAAUACCGGCCCAAAGGAGCAUUUACGCUGCCAAAGGGUUUCUCCUUACCCCUCCCCCCACCCCAAUCAGUCCGGAGCUCCCUGCGAGCAGGGCCCGGAGACCCCGUGGGCAGAGGCGCUCCUUGACCUGCCCCGCCCGCCCAGACUCACCCACUGCCUGCGGGCCUACACGCGCGGAACCUCUACAACACGAGUGGCUUGGAAGCGACGAUACCGUCCUCCUAGUGGGGCCUCACUUUGUCCUAGGUCGAAGACGAGCAGGGGAAGGCGCUCGGCCUUACCCCACCCCCUGCUCCAGGAGAAAGAGCUCCAAAGCGGCCCGAGGCCAGUUGAAGGCCCGGAUUGGGCGGCUCCCGAGGGCGGGGUAGCGGGGCAGCACUUCCGGCCGGGGAGGGCGACCUCCGCAGGGGUGUCGGAUGCGCUGGAGUUCGGCAGUACCGUCUCCUGCCGCCGAGCCGCCUCCAAGUCUACGCCUCCUGCGCCGCCCCGGAACCAAGGCUCUGCCUGCCCUCCAGGUUCCUGCACAUCUUCUGAGGGGACCCCAGGAGACCAGCCUCAUGGAACCAGGAGUGAAAGUCUAGUCAUACCUAAAACUGGAGUUGCUGCAUUAUUCACAGGUAAUCAGCUUUACUUUGAAGACCUCCAGGGACAGGGAACUCACUUAUCUACUCAGGUGUUGGUGACUUUAACAGAUGUGACUGUAAAUUUCACUCAUGAGGAAUGGAGUCUUCUAAAUCCUGCACAAAGGGGCCUUUACAAGGACGUGAUGCUGGAGAAUUAUGAGAACGUAGCCUCACUGGGGUUUCCAGUGUGUGAACCUGCUGUAAUCUCCUGUUUGGAGCAAGAGGAAGAGGCAUGGGUCUUGGACAUGCAAGAAGCUAAAGAGAGAGAGAUCAUGAGAGGAGACUGCUCAGGUUGUGAGACUGGGACUGAGAAUAAGGAGCUGUUGAUAAAGCAGGAAAUUUCUGAAGAAGUGGAAUCUCAGAAUAUGAUACUGGAAAGAUUCAUGGGGGAAGUUCCCCAUGGACCCAUAUAUAGAGAAGCCUAUGAAUCUGAUGACAGGUCAAAAGAUGAUUUACAGUCUUCUGCAGGUAAAUUCCUUUCUCAGACGAGACAUUUGAGAUCAAUGACAGUAAUAGAUCAAAAUCCUUCUGAAGGAGAUAAAGACCAGAAAUAUAAUGAAUUUGGAAGAAACCUCAAUCUAAAUUCUAACCCUGUUAGAAUUUCUUCAAGAGAGAAAUCUCAGCAGUGUGAUAAUACAGGCCAAAAAUCUAAACAGAAUUCAGAUCCAAUCAUACAACAGAAAAACCAUACAGAAGGGAAAUCCUAUAAAUCUAAAAUAUACAGAAAGUCCUUAAGGCAGAGUUCAACCUAUGUUAAACGUCAGAGAAAGCGCACAGAAAAAGUCUAUAAAUGUAAUGAAUGUGGGAAAGCCUUCAAACAGAGUUCAAGCCUCAUUAGACACCAGAGGAUUCACACAGGAGAAAAACCUUAUGAAUGUAAUGAAUGUGGGAAAACAUUCAUUGCUUCCUCAAAUCUUAUUCAGCAUCAGAGGGUUCAUACUGGAGAAAAACCAUAUGAGUGUAAUGAUUGUGGUAAAGCCUUCAGCCAGGGAUCAAGUCUAAUUCGCCAUCAGAGAAUUCACACUGGAGAAAAACCAUAUGAGUGUAGUGAAUGUGGGAAAGCUUUCAAUGUCUCCUCAAACCUAAUUCAACAUCAGAAAAUUCACACUGGAGAGAAACCCUAUUCAUGUAAGGAAUGUGGGAAAACUUUCAUUCUAAAUUCUUACCUUAUUAAUCAUCAGAGAGUUCACAGUGGAGACAAAUCUUUUGAGUGUAAUGAAUGUGGGAAAGCCUUCAGUGAUCGCACAUCUCUUAUUUAUCACCAGAGAAUUCAUACUGGGGAGAAACCUUAUGAGUGUAACAAAUGUGGAAAAGCCUUCAGUCUGAGUUCAGGCCUCAUUAAACAUUUAAGAAUUCAUACAGGAGAAAAACCUUAUGAGUGUUAUGAAUGUGGGAAAAUCUUCAGGGCAUAUUCAAAUCUUAUUCAACACCAGAGAAUUCACACGGGAGAGAAACCUUAUGAAUGUAAAGAAUGUGGAAAGACUUUCAUUCUAAGCUCAUACCUCAUCAGACAUCAGAAAAUUCAUAUCUCAUGAAUGUAAUAAAUGUGGAGAAAAGCUAGUACAAAGGCAUCUAGUAUUCAAGAUCAGAGAAUUCGUGCUGGAAACAAAAUGCAGGGAUUAAUGAUUGUGGUACAGUCUUUGUCCAACACUCCAGCUUUAUUCAAUGUCACAGGAGAGAAAUAUCACUUGUGACAACUUUUUCAAGUCAUAAUUUUAGUUUGUCAAAUUAUUUUUAAAGGUGGUAUUCUUGCCUCUGAAAACACUGUUCUUGUCAUUGAUUUAUGCCUCUACCAGUGGCAAUAUAGUGAGCUGUUACCUGAACUUAAAAACAAGGUGAAUAGUUUACCUGACCUUCAAAAAAUACUACUCUGCUCAAGCUGCUACUCAUUUCUGCACCUAGGGCAGUAUAUUGCACAUAGUAGGCAUUUAAUAAAUAUGUUAACUUCCAACUAUCUUAUAUCAGAAAUAUAUGUAUUAACACAGUUAAAUUAAGUAACUUUAAGGAAAUAUUGCAUUUUAAUUUGGCAGGAAUUUAAAGAACACUUUAUAAAAAAAAUUUUUUUAUUUUAUGGAUCUGACAAAACAUCAACACACAUGGACAUUUCCUUAUUAAAAAAAAAAAAGAAAAAGAAGAUUGUACAUGAUACUAUGAAUCUCUCAUGCAGACAGCUGUGGGUUUUUUUAAGUACAUAUUAAAUUUUACAUGUUAUUUCUAAUACUAUCCUGUCUGUGUCCCCUUCUGAACUUAUAUUUUCUUAUAUGUAAUUUUUAAGUGUUUCAUUAACUCUUCCUAAUUUUUGGUAUCUCACCCCUCUCCUUCCCUUCCCCUCCCCCCCCCCGUUUCCAUAAUGCUCUCCCUUCAAAAAAAAAAGUAAAAAAAAUAAGCUUCCUUGAAACAGAUAGAUGUAGUCAGACAAAACAAAUCCAUACAUUCACCAUGCAUGUCUUAUUCUGUGCCUCUACUCCAUUGCCUUUCUGCCAAGAAGUAGAUAGUAUAAUUCAUUAUCACUCUUGUAAUCAUUAUUAGUCAUUGUAUUAGUUACAGUUCUUAGAGUCUUUCACAAUUGUUUUACUUUAUAACAUCAUAAAGUUAUUAUAUUAAUGGCUUUUCUGAUUCUGUUCACUUCAUUAGUUCACAAAAGCCCUCUCAGGUUUCUCUGACACUUUCAUGGCACAGUUGUAUUACAACCAUUAUAAUCAUAAAUCAUAAUUUGUUCAGCCGUCUUCCAGUUGAUUGGCACCCCUUAGUUUCUGGUACUUUGUUAAUAUAAAAAGUUCCUAUAGAAUUUUUUGGUUUAUAUGAAUUCUUUUCCUAUUUCUUUGAUCUACAUUGGAUAUAAGCUUAGUAGUGGUAUCACUGGGUCAGAGAAUUUGGAGGCCAUAGUUUAGUGACCUUUUUUACUGUAGUUCCAAAUUACUUUUCAGAAUGGCUUGAAUGACUUACCAACACAUCAAUGGUUCAUUAGUGUGCCUUUCCAACCACAAACACUCCCAACAUUUAUCAUCUUUCUUUUCCAUCAUUGUCAAUCUAAUAACAUUUUCCCUUAGGAUUAUUGAUAGUGUGCUAGAGGAACUUUUUAAAACAACUAGAUUCUUAGAUAUACAAUUUAGCACCUCUUUUCCUUCUCUCCUUAUUUUCAUUUUUAGUCCUGUUCUUCCUUUGCCCCUAAAUUCAGCUUUAAAGACAUACUACUAGAUCCCUAACUUUUAAGUUAGUAUUCUAAUGAAAGUAGCUUUUUGUAUGCUUAAAUGCUCUAAUUGUGGCAAAAGUACUUUUUUGUUUCAAGAGAUGUGGCUCACUUCUUUGAAAUAGUUUGUUUUGAAGCCCUUGCUGGUAAUGACAAAGAUGUCAUAGUUAUUUUUCUUUGUUGCAAUAGCCUUGGUCGGCUUUCCAUUUCUAUUUCCAUUUCCAUUUUCAUUUGACAUCAUAGCCAAGCAGUUUAUCUGAGCUGCCACUUUUGAUUUCUUUCCAUAGUAUUUUCAGCCAUCAAAGGAUGUCAAGACAGAAAGGAAAACUUUUUUUUUUUUUUAAAAAGAUUCCCUCUCUUCCUUUCUCCCCUAAGGAAAAAAAAAGAAAGAUAUAACAUAAUCUUGAUGGUGGGAAUAUAGACUCUCAUAACCUUAAACAGUACAGUAGAUGGUCUUUCCUAUUUUCCUUAUUUUUAAAAGAUUACUGUGCUCCUACUUCCUGCCUUCUAACUGGGUGUAGUUUAAUUUACAUUCCAGGUAGAUACUGAUGCUUGUGCAGCUAUGUAUUUUAUAUCUUUGUUAUUUGUUCUAUGUAGAUGAAGUGCCUGGCACUUAUUGGUUAAUUAUGAGAUUGAUGUGGAUUUUUGUGCUAAAAUUGUUCUCAUUCAUUAAAAACUUGUUUUUCAAAUAGA